AUGUACUUCUCUCGAUUGAACAAAGAUGGUGGACAAGCUGCUGCACAUAUUGUGACGGAGUGGCAAACAUCCUCCUUAGCCGUGCAGUCAAAACGAGCCUCUAACUCUGAAGGUCUUGGGUUUUUGCAUUCUGGUCGUUGUGUUCGUGGGGGCCGUGGGGGCCGUGGGGGCCGUGGGGGCCGUGGGGUUCGUGGGGUUCGUGGGGUCCGUGGGGUUCGUGGGGUCCGUGGGGUCCGUGGGGUUCGUGGGGUUCGUGCGGGCCGUGGGGUUCGUGCGGGCCGUGGGGUUCGUGCGGGCCGUGGGGUUCGUGCGGGCCGUGGGGUUCGUGCGGGCCGUGGGGUUCGUGCGGGCCGUGGGGUUCGUGCGGGCCGUGGGGUUCGUGCGGGCCGUGGGGUUCGUGCGGGCCGUGGGGUUCGUGCGGGCCGUGGGGUUCGUGCGGGCCGUGGGGUUCGUGCGGGCCGUGGGGUUCGUGCGGGCCGUGGGGUUCGUGCGGGCCGUGGGGUUCGUGCGGGCCGUGGGGUUCGUGCGGGCCGUGGGGUUCGUGGGGUCCGUGGGGUUCGUGCGGGCCGUGGGGUCCGUCGGGACCAUGGGGGCCAUGGGGGCCGUGGGGUCCGCUUAAGUCUUUGCCGUCGUUGGGGCCAUGGUGUCCACCAUGUCCAUCGAUGUGGUGUCCAUGCUGUUCAUCCAAGCCAUUAA